AUGCAGGACACCUCAGCGAGAGGCUGGGCUGAGUGCCAUGGUGCAGCAAUUGGAUGGCGGGUGCAGCUGAAGCCUGAGAGGAUGGGGUACCACAUCGGUAACGAGAACCUUGAAGGCAGACGACGCAGUGCGACAUUCGACACGCGGGCUUGGACCAGAGUUCAGCAGGACGGCGGACGACGAACAAACGAACAAACGACCGCUAUGCGUUCCUCAGACAUGGCAGUAGAGCGAUCUCCGGGCCAUCCCAUCGUCAUCCCAAGCUGCCCAUCCAAUGCCAUGCAGCCCAAAACCCUCGAAUCCUCAAUACCAUUCCCCCCUUCUCGUCUUUUCUCCGCACACACCCCCUUCCCCUGGAUCCCUGACCCUGAACCCCUGGGCCCAGAGAAUUCCAGCAGGGCGAACCAGGGAAAAACUGCAGAGCAAAGAGGCAAGGCAGCUGUGCAGGCCCUGCGACUGGGUGUUGGAACCAGGGAAGUGCGUCGAUGUGGGAGAAAGCAGACCAGACUCACAAAGCCCAGAGUCCCAGAGCAGCAGACCAUCAGCAGGAACUGGAAAAAUGGCCCACCAAGAACGCAGGACGCGGGACGCAAGACAUGGGAUGCAGAAGUGAGGAGAGGAGCAAAGCAAAGCAGAGCAGAGCAGAGAGCAGAGGAGAGCAUCGACCUUUCAUAUUUUCUCUCCUGGAGACCUGGAGACCUGGACUGGCCCUGCUCACGUUCUUUCUGA